GGCUAUGACCAAUGUUUAUUCCAUGGCUCUGAUUGAAUUUCCAUCUUCUCUCAGCUUCGGGAUUGCUUGUUUCUUCACCCAUAGACAGCUCUCAGAUUUUCAUAUGAACGCUUUGGUGGCUCUCUGUCAUUUCUGUGAGCUCCAUGGGCCGAGGACACUGUUCUGCACCGAGGCUUUGCACCCUCCGUCCCCGUCCUCCCAGGCAGGCGUCGCAGUGCCCGGCGGGGACAGAGAUGUUGACCGGGACGGUGAGGGACUCACCAUGAGGGCCAACAACUCGGCCACACAGAGGGGAGAAAUGUGUGAGGGGUGUCGCUCCCUCCCUGCAUCCCACCCAGGCUUCAUGAGCAUCGACAACGAGACGGGCAUUCGUUUUGUAAGCCACCAGCAUCCCAGAGAGCCGCAGCUCUUUAGCGUCGUGCGCCAGGCUUGCGUACGCAGCCUCAGCUGUGAGGUAACUGGUGACGUGUGCCCCGGGCGCGAAGGACCAAUUUUCUUUGGGGACGAGCAACACGGUUUUGUGUUCUCGCAUACCUUCUUCAUCAAGGAUAGUCUCGCCAGAGGCUUCCAGCGCUGGUACAGCAUCGUCAUGGUGGCGAUGGACAGGAUCUACCUCAUUAACUCCUGGCCUUUUCUGUUACGCCAUCUCCGACUGACCAUACAGAGUCUGCAAAGCACCGCCUUGAAGGUGUUUGACAACGAGCAUGGCGUUUGCCCCCAGCGAGCAGUGAGGAUGAACAGCGUGUUCUCACCUGCUGUGUUCCCGCACCAGAGGAGUGGAAAUGCAGCCCGCUCCCUAACGUCUCUCACGCAACAUCCCAAUCUCUGGGCCACCCUGCACUCCUCCUUCAGCUGGCUCCUGAAGGCCUGCGGGAGUCGUCUGACAGAGAAGCUGCUGGAAGGAGCCCCCACUGAGGACACACUGGUGCUCAUUGAGAGGCAGACAGAACAAGAGGAGGAAAUGAGCUGCUGGGAAGGAGCCGAAGGAGGCAUUUCCAAGCCACGGGGCCAUCAGUUGGACAGCGAAUUAGGUCACGACGAUGGGUCGCCUGGUCCCAGGUUUAGGUCACUGAGGCAUUUGAGACAGGUGCUUGGGGCUGCUGAGUUCCGGCAGGUGGCGUGGCAUGUGCUCAUGGGAAAUCAGGUCAUAUGGAGAGGCGUCGACUCCAAGCUCAUCCAGUCUGCUUUUACCGUACUCAAGUCGUUGCUCCCGGUAGGCUGUGUGCGUUCAGUUCCCUACAGCGCUCACUAUGAAGAAGCCUACAAGUGCAACUUCUUGGGUCUGAGCCCAGAUGUGGCCAUUCCAGCCCAUGUCAUCUCUUCAGAGUUUUCAGUGCUGGUGGACGUCACCUCAGAGCCUGGCUGUCAAAGCCUGUCGACAGAAGACAAUAUCUGUUCGCUUUAUCAGUUAAAUAUGAGCAGUGCAAACACACAGCCCACAGACAGAGGUCCGACAUUACUGAACAAACUGGAGGUGGCGCUGUCCAACGAGAACUUGUCUGUGGAUGUGGUGUCUCACUGUCUGCUGUGUUUGAAGGAGGAGUGGAUGAACAAGGUCAAAGUGCUCUUUAAAUUCUCCAAAGUGGACGGGAGAGGCAGGGAGGACACCCACAAGGUUCUGGCCCUGCUCGGCACCACGGGGCCCGGCGAGGAGGACAACGUGCGGCUGCUCAAGUUCUGGAUGACGGGACUUAGCAAAACCUACAAGAGCCAUCUGAUGAGCGCCGUCCGGGGAGGGGAGAGGAGCCCCAGCCAGUGAAAAAGACUGAAAGACUCAAAGAAGUAUUGUCCUGGAGAAAGGAAAGUGAAAGCAAGAAUUCUUUCAUGGCCUGAUGUGUUAGCUGUUUGCCUCUUUUACUGGAAAUGAAUGAAGGGCCCCCCUGGGUUUUUCCCCUAAGUAAUGAGAAUUAUCUUUGAUUAUUGUCCUACUGAGAUUAGACUUCUGUAUUUUUGUAUUGGAAUUGUACUAAUAUGUCAGUUUUUAUUUAUUACAAAAUGCUUGUUUACUGCUUUGGUAAUAAAAUGAUUGAAUUGACUUGAA